UGGGGCAGAGAGAGGAAAGGGGCGUUUGUGGCAAGGCAUUGCAUUCUCGGACUGCUAUAUAAGAGGUAUCAAUAUUCAAAGAACAGGCACUAAACAGUUUACAAGUUAACAAAAGAAGCAUACUGUGAUUUGGACAAGAGUAGAAGAUUAAAGCCAAGAUGCCAGGAGAGCGUCUGUCAGUGAGGAGCAUGUCAGAUGUGGGUCGGUUUCCUGGAGCGGCGCCCCCCACCCGCGUGCAGCUCACCAUCCACAAAGAGGAGAAGAAGCCAGAGGAAGCAGGCUGCAAACGCUGGUUUAAGAAGAUGUGCCCAUGCUGUUUCAAAAGGCAGUCCAGCACUUCAUAUGACGUCACAGAUAAAGUGGAGUUGGUCAAACCCCCUACCCCUGCCCCAAUCACCCCUGAACCAGAAAAACUCAAGACUGAAAAAGUUGAAAUGAAGGAAAUGGAUGAAUUUAAGUUGUCUGUGUGUUCCGUGGACCUGCUGAGCUCUCAAACAGAUCCGAACAGGAAGGAACACCACACGGACUUGUUCCAUGGAGAUGAGCUGAUCAUCCGCAGAGGACAGACUUUCCAGAUCCAAGUGGAGCUCAACCGGCCUUACUGCGCUGACACCGACAAACUGCACCUAGAACUCAAAACAGGGGGGCUGCCACUGGUGUCCAAAGGCACACAUGUCAUCAUUCCUCUAGUAGAUGACCUGGAGGAUGAGUGCUGGGAAGCCAAAAUUGUGGAGCAGACUGAAAACAAAAUCAAGCUGUCAGUCAACUCUCCAGCCUCCGCAGUGGUGGGCCUGUAUGGGGUCUCUGUGGUCACCAGCUCACUCAAAGGGAACAGCCCCACCACCUACAACUCACCCAAGCACAUUGUGAUGCUGUUUAACCCAUGGUGUGAAGAGGACACAGUGUUCCUGGAUGAUGAGGAUGAGAGGAAAGAAUAUGUGCUCAAUGAUACUGGGCGGAUUUACUACGGAACAGAGAAACAAAUCGGCGCCCGCACGUGGAAUUUUGGGCAGUUUCAUGAAGGGAUGCUUGAGGCCUGCCUGUUCAUUCUGGAGAAAAGUGACAUGCCUCCCUCUGGUCGUGGUGAUCCAGUCAAUGUGGUCCGAGUUAUAUCUGCCAUGAUAAAUGCUCAGGACGACCAUGGUGUUUUGGUGGGGAACUGGUCAGGGGACUAUUCAGAUGGUGUGUCCCCAGCUGCGUGGAGCAGCAGUGUUGAGAUCCUGAAGAAAUACCACUCUUCCUAUGGCACACCUGUGUGUUAUGGACAAUGUUGGGUCUUUUCAGGGGUCACAACGACAGUGUUGCGUUGUCUUGGCAUACCUGCCCGCAGUGUGACCAACUUCCAAUCAGCUCAUGAUACAGAUGUGUCACUCACCACAGAUGUGUAUUUUGAUGAGAAUCUGGAACCUAUCGACUACCUCAACAAAGACUCUGUUUGGAACUUCCAUGUGUGGAACGACUGCUGGAUGGCCAGACCAGACCUGCCUCCAGGUAAUGGAGGCUGGCAGGCAGUGGACUCCACUCCCCAGGAGACCAGUCAGGGCACCUUCCGCUGUGGUCCAGCCUCUAUCAACGCCAUUCGCACAGGACAUGUCUACCUCAAGCACGACACUCCCUUUGUGUUUGCAGAGGUCAACAGCGACAAGAUCUACUGGCAGAGGAACUUGGACGGGACUUUCAGCCAAAUUUACAGUGAGAAGAAAGCAGUGGGCCACUUCAUCAGCACUAAAGCCGUGGGCUCAGACGAGCGUGCAGACAUCACACACCUGUAUAAACACCAGGAAGGUUCAGAAGAGGAACGCAUUGCAGUGGAAACAGCCAGCCGCUAUGGCAGCAAGCCAGAUGUGUACUCUGCUCCAAGUGCUGAAGACGUGAGUGUGGAGGUCAAGAUGGCCGGGGAAGGACCCAGGAUGGGAGCGGACGCCCAGCUCACCAUUGUAGUGAAGAACCUGAGUACAAAACCACGCCAGACCACGCUGCACAGCCAGGUGGCAGUCAUGUACUACACUGGUGUGCUCAAGGGCACCAUUAAGAAGGAGCAGAUGUCAGUGGAGCUCCAGCCCAAUGAAGAGAAAACCAUUGACUGGGUGCUCCCAUACCAACAAUACCAGAACCAGCUUGUGGACCAGGCGGCCCUGAUGCUGACCCUCUCUGGACGAGUCAAUGAAACUCAGCAGGUGUUGGCUAACCAGACCACCUUCAGGCUCCGCACACCUGACCUGACAAUCACUCCACUUGGUGAAGCUGUGGUUGGUAAGGAGAUGGCAGCCAAAAUCACAUUCACCAACCCACUGCCAAAAACUCUGAAGGAUGUGGUGUUCAGAGUGGAGGGCCUGGGUCUACAGAAGGGUCACGUGGUGGUUGUGGGGGAUGUAGGAGGCCUUGCUACAGUGACACUGACAGAGCACUUCAUCCCCACUCAGCCCGGACUCAAGAAGCUGGUGGCAUCUCUGGAUUGUAAACAGCUCACCCAGGUCCAUGGAGUGGCUGAUAUUGUUGUCCUUGAACAAUAGUAGUCUAUGACAUUAGACUAUUUUCUUAUAACCUAUGUAUUAAUAUACUUAGUUUCUAUAACAUAAAUUCAUAAAUUAUGUAUUUUUUGUAAACUCACUUUUUGACUAUGAAAAUGAUUAAUUGAAGCUGUAGCGCCAACAGUAUUAUGCUUAAAUUGAAGCUUUUUGAAUGAAAAAUGUGGUGCUCUGUUGUAACAUGUUGUACAGAGCAGAUGCAGACAUGCCCUUUACUGUAAAUGUGUUAAACCACUGUACACUGAAUGCCGUAACACUAAUAUUUGAAGGCAAAACUUUAUUUGGCAGUAUUUCUUUUAACAUUGCUUUAUAUGUAUGCUUACUAUGUGAAUUUUGUUAUCUACAAAAUCAAGUUGCCACUAAUGAAGGGUACUGUGAAAAUUAUAGAAAUGUUAGCAUUUAGAAAUAAGUGACUGACUGUGUAUAUUUACAGAAUUAUCAUUUAGAAUUAUUAUUUACAGAAGUCAUUGUGUUUUUGUUCCAUGAAAUGUAUUUUAAAUAUCUCUUCAUUGUUCAUACACUGAAGAUGCACUUCAUCACUGUUUCACCAUUUCAUUUUUAUAGUAUGUCCUUAGAGUUACCAGGUCACAGUCAACACUUAGCUCUCAAUAAUGUGAAUGGAAUAUCUAUUCGUAUAAUAAUAUUUAUGUAACUGUAUUUUUGUAUUGUUUGCAGUAAUAAAAUACUUUGGUAUAUAAA